AUGUUAGCACCAGCUAAUCGACUUGAAUUGGUCUCUGGAGCAGCUUUCCAAAUGCAGUUUGAACUAUUAUGGUUUGAGGAGGUGAGGAAGAUAGUGUUGCCCUCAUAUAUGAAGAAGAAAAACUCAAAGGAUAAAACCCCUUGUGAGUUAUUCACUGAGCAGCAUGCUGCAUUACGUAAAGAUGCUGAAUCUUGGAUGAAAGGAACAGCUAAGUCAUGUAUGCUUGUUACAACUCUUAUUGCUACCGGCGUGUUUACUGCGGCAUUUAGCAUACCAGGUGGUAUCAAGGAUGAUACAGGAGUUCCAAAUUAUUUGGGAAAACGAUCAUUUACGAUAUUUGCAAUAUCAGAUGCCAUUGCAAUGAUCUCCUCUUCGGCUUCCAUACUAAUCUUCCUAUCCAUUCUCAUAUCACGUUAUGCGGAAUAUGACUUUCAUCAUUCUUUACCCUCAAAGCUAAUAUUCGGAUUGAUAACACUCUUCAUCUCCAUAACAAGCAUGAUGAUAGCAUUUAGUAGUGCUUUCUUUGUGACAUAUGACCGUGGCUUAAAGAAGGAGUUUGUGUAUUCUUUAGUAGUGGUUUUGAGAGCAAUUAGUGCCACAUGGCGCCAACUGGGCAUCAUAUUUAUAUUGGUCAAUUUGUAG